AUGAGUAUGCCGGUUCGCGCCGUUGAAGUAGUGGGCGCCACUCGCAGCGCUGUGCGCUGGGAGCUGAAUGAGUGUCUUUCUUACCACGGGGCCUCGUUGUUUCACGACAUUUGGAAACAUUGUAAGGAGUAUGAUACCCAGGGACUCAGUCGGCAGACACAAUGGUCCGCUUGCACAUUAAUCGUCGCCGGUGGCACAUGGGAGAUCAUGCUGUAUAUUGCAGAUAGAGACACCCGCUGGAUAGCUAUAUACCUGAAAUUGCAUUCUCAGCAACCUCGGGCCCCCUUCUCCAAGAAGUCCCUCUGUGCCCAUCUCUAUGCCGAACUCAAGCAUGGUGAUCGCCUGCUAGCCAGAUUUAAUAUGAAAGAACAGCUCUUUGCGUUCGGACUGCGGGGCGCCCAAGAAAAGGCCUGGGGUACUCAGAGAUUUUGCUCGAUGGAUACGAUAUUAAAUGAUGAUGCCAUCAAGAAGGAUGACAGGUUGACAGUCAACUACGAAAUCUCCGAAUACCCAGACGAUUAUGUUCCGAAAACCGGUGUUCUCAAGAUGAGACCCCUCGGACUGAAGACAUCAUGGGAUAUGAUGGCAGUCAUGUUUGACGACGCAGCCACUGCUGACGUCUGCUUCGUCAUCCGACAUUUCGCUGCAUCGGACGACCAACCGGCGCGUAUCUAUUGUCAUAUGUUCCGCGCGGGGUUCUCCGAAGGUAGAAUCUGGCAAAGCGCUGAGCAGAAUCCUGUCCAAUUCGACGAACACGAAUGGGAGGAGGGAAGUGACUCGGAUUAUGAAGACAUUGACAUCGACGAGUACGGCCAGGUUGACGAGUACGGGCACGUCGACGAUUACGAGGAAGAGGCAGAGGGAGAUGACGAGGGUCAGAAGGAGGAAGGAUGCAAGGUUGAGGAUCAGGGCGAGGUCCUGGAAGGGGAAGAUGUGCCACUGGAGGAAGAGAUGCAGGAAGAGAAAGAGGGCGAAGUUGAGGGCCAAGGUCAAGACGUGGGCCAGCGAGAGGGUGCAAAGGUAGCUACCGGGUUUGCACAUACACGAAAUAGAGUCUAUGUCACUGACGCCUGGACAUACUCUACUAUUUGUACACUGGCGUUCGCGCCUCUUCGAUCGAAGUACCGGGUGGCGAGGAAUGCAGCCCUUGCUGAAAGCCCCGACGCACUCUUCAUGACUAGGAACCAGUACAACGAGGAGAAUGCGCUGGUGAUCUCCCCCGACAGCAAACGCGGGCAAUUUCCGUGCGUCAGUGCGAAGAGCAUGCACAAACUAUGCGACAAACUCGGUAUAGGUAACCUAAAGGCCGCUGCCGCGCAGUUCAUACACGACUCCCUAACACCAGAGAGCAUAUUCGACGAGUUUCACUCGUCCUUCUCCUCUCUAUUCCCCGAGAUUCUCGAGGACCAGGACAAGUACAUUAAAGAGCACUGGCCCGAGCUCUGCAAGACGAAGCAAUUCGACGCCUUCAUGGCUGAGCUGUUCUCCCGAUGGCCCGGCGAGCUAGGCAGUCGGUGGCGCGAGCAUUUCUACUCGGCCGUCAUCAAGCCCAAGUGCGACGGGUCGUGA